AUGGAUGACAGACCGCCAUUACUGAAGCAAGACACCUCAAGAUUUCGUUUGAACUUAAAAUGUUAUUUUCCAUGUCGUUACGUACUGGCGAUCCUAUCCUUCUCCGGUUUCUGUGUUUCGAACGCUAUGAGAGCGAGCUUGAGUGUGGCUUUAGUGGCGAUGGUUAAUUCAAGUUAUUCCAAUGUCAAGGCGGUUACGGCGAAUAAUCCCGAGUGUCGAAGAAACACAUCAGAAGAGCCUUCGAAAGAGGUUGGUGAUAUAUUACCUUGUAAUGAACUUUCUCACUCAAAAGCUGUUUUAUUACCGCACGAACUGGCCGAACUGGCUCGGUUUACCAGGAGAUGAUGUGGAAACCGAGGAAGCCCCGUUAGCUUGGAUACCGAUCAUCUGCACAGUAAUUUUUUUUUCAGAUAACAAUAUAUGUAAGUGUACCGGACCAAACUUGCUAACAACUCGAGCUAUUGCUCGUGUGCACCGGUCCAGUCUCUUCUAUUCUUAAACAUAAUUGGCUGCCUUCGUCCAUGUUAUAUCGAUUUUCUCGGCAACCAGUCAGGCUAUUUCACAUAAUCGACCUCUUAAUGGAGAAAUAUGCUUUGAAAACUAUAUAAUUUUUAUCUAUUACCAACUUCGUUUUUAAAAAAUUGUCUUCAUUGUUCCCAAGAAUUAAUUCAAAUUUGGAUGCAGCCAUUUUGAAAACAUCACAAUUAAUUUAAUUCGUUUUUGAAGAAUCAAAAUAGCGGUGUCCCGGAUGGAAUUAAGGUUCGUAUGAGGAAAAUUUUCGAGACGUUAUUUUCCUCAGCACAACUUGGGUUAGCCCAAAUCCCUUUUUUCUAUUCAUGAUUCUUACGAUUGAUGAUUCAUGAAAGGCACGUAAAACACAAAAGAAAGAUGAAGAAAUGAGACGUUUGGCGGUUCUUGUAAUCGUUUCACAUCGCCCAAGUAAUAUUGGUAUUGAAUGGUUUUUUUUAGAGCGGAAUGUUUAACUGGGAUCAAGAAAUGCAAGGUAGGAGUUAGUUCAUACUGUGAUCAAUUUAGACGUCUUGUUAUGAUGCAAAUAGAAAAAUGUUAAGGUACAAUUAAAAAAGAUACAAAAGGUCAUGAAAGUGAAUUGCUUAGGUCUAUCUGGAACCUGAAGAAAGCGGUAAAAAAAGAUCCCCUCCGAAUCGGUGAAGAGCCGUAACCAAAUGAGAUGCAAGGACCAAUAAGUUUACAAACCGCACCCCACGUUGAGGCGCCAUGAAGUGUGAAGAAAAUAAAAAAUUCCAAGCUUAAUCAGGCUAAGGGCAUUUGACGUUACCCUGAGCCAAAUUUCACUUGGCUGAAAUACAUCAGUUUCUCACUAGUCUAUGAUGUCUAUAAUUUAAGCGGCUUAGUAUUCAACAUGCAAACAUGUUUUUCAACUCCAUGCUACUUUAUUAGUCGUUUAUGUGUAUUGCUCUCACUUCAGAUACUUUUGAGUCACAAGAACACUGGACUUCGAGGAAUAAAUAUAAAUAUAUUCUAAAUGAUUUUUUUUAUUUUUCUGGAUAAGAGGGGGGAAGGGGGGAGGGGGCUGGAGCAUUUUUGUUGUGUCACAAUGAAAGUUAAUCAUCCCCCAUAUGGCUCGGUAAUAUUUCUAUGAUCCGCGUGUUAUUGGCAGUUAAUUGGCGGUCAAUUUUCUAUAGCACCUCCUUUCAAGUAUGCUCUGUUCGCGACGAAAACCAUGUGAUCCCCCAAAAUCCUCCACCCAUCCCCUAUAUUCUUUGACGUUAAAUAACGACUGGUCCUUAAGUAAUACUGACUUAGAAACAAGCACAUUUUGUUUUGACAGGACUCAUCUUGAGCUCAACUUAUUAUGGUUACAUUUUCACACAACUGCCAGGCAGUUUGUUGGUAAAAAGAGUGGGUCCCAAGUAUUUGUUUGGUGUCCCUAUGUUCAUUACAUCAGUGUUCACGAUACUUACACCUGCUGCGGCACAUCACAGUGUUGAAAUGCUCAUUCUGGUCAGAAUUCUACAAGGACUUGUCAUGGUCAGUUUUCUCAUCAAUAUUUGCUUUUUUUCCCUCUUAUUUUAUGUCAAGAAUGUUAUGAUUUAUUACAGAAAUCUGGUUAAGGAUUUUCAGAGUCGGGAUACUGGACUAUCUUUAGGAGUUUUUCCCCCUGCUGCUGUGAUCCAGGUUCGACUCCCUCAACUGGCGUCUUAUUAAGACCUGGUGUAAAGUCAAUUCCCUAUCUUCUGCUCUGAGAACUCCGGUUCUCUGGUUCAGCUUGGUAGGAUUGGAGAAUAAGAAGAUUUUUAUUUUUACUUUACAACAUUUAGUAAUCUGGGAUAACUCAGGGAAUAAUCAAUACGUGUAGCAAAUAAUUGUUACUCAAGGUUAAAGUAGCUGUAUGAUUUCAUAUCCAAGUGUUAUUUUUAUCUCCAUACAUAAGGCUACGAGAAAUGAAAGUUUGUUUUUCAAGAUUUUUCUAAAUCAUUAGACAGAGGUUCACAUUCACCAAGCCCUACCCUUUUCUUACUAAACUAUUCAAAUUAGUGAAGUAUGUACGCAUGUCUGGUGAAAUACACGUGAUCAAUUUUGUAAUGACAGGGUGUGACGUUCCCAGCCAUGCAUGCCAUGUGGAGUAGCUGGGCUCCCCCUCUAGAGAGAAGCAAGCUUUGCGCCUUGGCCUACUCAGGUACUGUUGAUAACUACAGGGAAAUUUCUUCCAAGCUAGUGCUUUUCUGAGAGGAAAACCAUUUUAUAGCCAUUUUAAGACCGUUUUAAAAUUAAAUUGCUCGAAGUAUUUUGAAUGAAAGAAAAUGUGACUUAUCGAGUGCGGAGUCAAGUAAAAGACCCUGUGGUUGUGUGUCAGUUUCAAGAAUACUUCCAGCGUAGUUGACAGGAAGACGCGAUGGGUUAUUUUACCAAAAGUUUCAAGUUCGAGCCUGAGAGUGUGUUGUGUACUUAAGCAAGAUAUCUCACUCUCACAACGACAUCUUCACCAAAUGGUAUAUACAGGUACCGGAAACAGUCAUCAAAUCCUAAAAAAUCCUGACUAGCAUCCUGUUCAAAGGAAAUGGGACACUCUCAGUCGCUUCACUAAUGAUGCUAUGGAUACCGGUAUAAGCUCUGGUACGAACUGGGACUCGUGGCUCGUAAGCUUAUUUUUUACUCUUAUUAGCUUGGACUUAACUGAAUAACCCUUUUUUUCGCACAGGAGGGCAUCAUCAAAUUCUCAAACACAUUUGUUAAAUUUUAUGUUUACUUUAUGUUAAUUAGGAAUUCCAUUUGGUGGGUUUCUUGGUAUGUAUUUGUCUGGUUUGCUGUGUGCCUCUGAUCUCUGGGGAGGAUGGCCGUCAACAUUUUACAUUUUUGGUACGUGAUUACAUAAAAGGUAACAGCUGGUUUCGCUACAUUCCGAGUUAGCUACGUUUGAAUUUGCUUCAUUUUUGCUACAUUUCACAUCGAGUUCGCUACUAACGUCACUGAAUUCCUAGCCUGUUUGAAUUUCAUUAACGAUGAUAAUUGGAAACUCACAAUACCUACUACUCGAAGCCUUUGGUCGCUGAAAUGUACGAUACAGCGAGAAAGUCGACUCGAUACUUGCAACACAAGCUUCGACUUACACUCACUUGGUCCCCGGGACUUGUCACGGGAACUAUUUGCAGGGACUAUAGUCUUGACUAGGAGCGGUCCCACCUUUUCGGCGAAGUCCGUCGCGCAAUCUUAAAAAAUUAAAAAAAAAAAUUGACCUUGCACGAUGGAAUGGUUUUCAGCCGUCAAAUUAUAAUCUCAAUUGAGCGUAACCAAUGAGAUUCCUUAUCUUAAUACCAGUCAAUGUUCAUGUCAUCGCAAGACGCGGGUGUAAAAACAUUACAAAUUUCGGGGCGCCCAAUAAACUUGAAAUUUAUUAAGUGCUUCAAAUAGGUGAGUCUCGCGAACUAAACUCCUAAGAAGAUAAUUGGGAAGGGCAGGCCGGUCAAGGAGCCAUCGACUUUUGCUGGGUGUGUUCUUGUAAUUUGUAUUCAAAGAUAGCAUUCAUGAAGUCUUAGUCCUUUUUUGAUAACUGAACGGCUUCUCCCCGCGGCGCGCUAACGUCAAUUUUUUCACGUGUUUUUUUAUUCGACUCCCGCGACCGACUUCACCGAAAAGGAGAGACUUCUCGUAGUGUUGGAAAUUAAAGUUCCUUCGUGGUGCGGUGCCGACCACAACGUGUGGCUUGCGUGGUGGUCUUUCUUUUCCGAUGCAUCUUGAUUCCAAAUUACCCGCAUAUUUUCAUCUUAUCGCAGGCUCUGUAGCUCUUGUUUGGUUUUUUACUUGGAUGAUAUUCGCUCAUGACAAACCAAUACAUCACCCUUGGAUAUCAACGGAAGAAAGAGAGUACAUCUUGUCAAGUCUAGGCGCCAAACAAGAAAAGAAGGUAGUAUGUAUAUGACAACAGCUUUGUGUUUUAUUCCGUUCUUUAAAUCCAAAAUCGGGUUUCCCACAAAUCUGAUCGGAAAGACUAAUUUACAGUGCGGACCUCGAACUCGGUUAGUAAGAGAUAUAGUAUUGAACAUCAAUUCUUUUUUUGUUGCAAAUUCUGUUGCGGGAAGUUUGGGUAAAGUUGGCGAGAGAGCGUCCAGAAAAUUGCUCAUUCGUCUUCAGAUAUGCUUAUGGCCGAAAAUGCUCGGUCUUUACAGAUGUACUUUGUUCAUUAUUUCAGCAAACCAAAAAAUAGCUCUCAAUAUCAAGACAGCACGAGUCAUUAACAUUUCUCAUUUCUUCUCUAUUUAUUAGCGACGGAAAAUUCUCUGGCGGCAGCUUUUAACAUCAUUACCUGUAUGGGCCAUAAUAACCGCACAUUUUUGUUUCAACUGGGUGAAUUUCACUUGUAUUUCUUUACUACCUUCUUACUUCAGAGAAGCCCUCAAUUUCGCCAUUUCUAAGGUAAGUGUUAUUUAAAUAGGCCCUACCAUAUUUGGUGUUACUAAGUUUUAUUGAAGAGUGUGAGAAAUUACUUGUAGGGGAAAUACUAGUUGAAACAGUGCAAUAUUGUAGACAGGAAUAUACUAGAUAUCUCCCGCUGGCCAAUGACUGUACGUUUAAAUAUUUUUCCUUUCUCUUUUAGACGCUAUAAAUGUAUGUUCUUCAUGUGACAAAAGGCAGUAGCCGUUCAAACCUUAAAAUGUGUGAAAUUAGUGACAAGAUACGAGUGUGCGGUCAAAAUGAAUUUGUUAUGAAUUGGUGCUUGGCAACUCCUCAUCUUUCAGUAAGAGGUCUGUCGCGUACGAAGGCAUACUGCGUAACAAAGCCGUCGCAAAAGGUGGUUGUUUAGGGAACAGAUCAGGAAAAAUUUGCAAAAGACCCAUCAGCACGACUUGUUGCAUAACCUGAUCAUUACCUGAACGACCACCUUCUGUGACGGUUUUGUUAGGAAAUAGGAAUUUGAUUGGCCUUACACUUGCUUUCAGAGACCAGAUAUAUAUAAUAAAUAAAUGUCUUCUGUUACUGAAACUGAGAGCUAAUCAGCGAUUGGGCGUAAACGUACUUCACGUACAACAUUAUCUCUUGUUUCUCUGGUAUUUAAAAAAGGAGACCUCUUCUGACUUAAACGUUUAGAACCUAACGACUUGAAGAACGGCAACUUAAACUUAGAAUGUCACUCGAAUUGCCUCUUCGUAAUUAGAAACAUCAACUUUGUCCUCUAAAGUAGCCAAGGGAACAUCUGUUCUUUGAGAAUCUCGAGGCCCAGUACUGUGAUAAAUUCAUGUGUUAAGUAAUGAAUUUCAAAUUUUUAUUCUCUAGACUGGUUUCGUGUCCGGUCUUCCAUAUUUACUGCAUACCAUAGUUGGUGUCGGAGGUGGGCAACUGGCGGACUGGCUUCGUAGCAGAGGAAUAUUAACUACAGGACAAACGAGAAAAGUGUCUUUGACUGCUGGUAAUUUCCUUUCCUUCGGGUCGGCGAAAUGUCUUUUGAUUGCAAUCAAAACGGUAGAAGUGCAAAAUUCGAGCGCGAAAUUUAAUAAUAAGUAUUAAAGGAUUUUAUUAAAAUGUUUUUGACUUCUAAGUUCAUCCAUUCAUUUUAGGCUUCCUCAUUCCUGCAAGUCUCAUUGUGUCAACAAGUUAUGUGACCUGCGACCAACCGACUCUUGCUGUUGUCCUAUGUUCUCUGGCUACGGGAAUAUCAGCCCUUUCGUCAAUUUCUAUUUUUGCCAAUAUCUUGGACAUAGCCAAUAGAUAUUCAGAACAUGUUAUGGCAAUCUCCAACUUGGCAGCCACAAUUCCUGGGAUAGUUGCACCGUAUUUGGUUGGGAUCAUAACAAACAAUCAGGUAUCGACUUUUCAUAGAUUUCAAUUCAAAAUGGUAGUAGGACCAAAUGGAGUCCAAUUCGGUCUGGAAUCAUCCGAGUGAUUUGUUAAUUACGAGCAUGAUUACAAGCAGAAUUGGACGUAACGAAGUCCUGUUAUACUAAUUAACCAUAACCAUUUCAAUUUCCGAAAAAAAAAAUGCAUUUACUUCAGAAAAUAUCUUCAGUAAAGACAUUGUUCCUCAAAUUUGGAAAUUCCCCAGGUUUACGGGGUAAGUGGUUGUCGCUAUUGUUAUCGUAAUCAAUUCUGUGAGCCUUAGUAUGAGUGGCUGCUUGAACUGUCCAUUGCAAGUGUCCGACUGGAAUUGUCCGAUUACGACUCUACAGAAUAAUUAGUGAGAAAUAAAACAGUUAAUGCACCAAUCGCAUUUGCAGAAAUUGUAAUGGUUAUGAUUAAAUGUAUUAUGGAUUUCCCAUUUGAAAAAGAUUCCUCUCAAUAUAAUUACGAAAAUCCGUGAAUUAAGAACUUCAAAACUGACAUUUGGUUACCUAGGAACCAUAGCAAUUCAUGUAAUGAAGAAAUACCAUAUGAUAUUUGUUCAGAUUCAGUUGUGCAUUACUUUAGAAAGUGAGCGGCAUAAAAAUGUUGCUUCAGUAGCAUGCUGUAGACUGCAGAUAUCUUGUAAAAGAUCUCGAUCAUAAAUGGUUAUAUCCCAUAUUAAUUUCACUGUUACUACUUCAACCACUGCUUUACCUUUUACUGUCAUAAUUAUUACUACCACUAACACCAAUGUCAUCACCAAAUCAACCACUUCCUCUACUAUCAACAACACCAUCACCUCUACCACCACUAACAUCACUUCCAUUACUAAGACCACUUCCAUCAACACAGCUGCCACCGCUACCAGUACAACCAGCCAGCACCGCCGCUAAACAGCAUUACCACAACCAAUUCAAAUACUACUAACACCGAUAUGCCACCUUUACUAACAUCACCAAUACUACCAUAACCGCUCUACUAAUAAUCUACCAACACCACCGUAAAAACUAUACUACCAACACCUUUAUACCAUCAAUAUUACCAACACCACUGUACCACCAACAUUAACAACACCACUAUACAACCAAUACUACCAACACCACUAUACCAACAAUACUACCAACAACAAAAUAUCACCAGCCCAACACCACUAACACCAAUAUACCACCUAUAAUACCAACACCACCAUACUACCAAUACUACUAACACCACAAUACCAACAAUACUACCAACAGAAAAAUGUCACCAGCCAACACCUCUAAACCACCAGCACCAUAAACACCAAAAUACCAGCUAUAAUACCAAAACCACUGUACCAAUAAUCUACCAACACCACUUUACCACCUAUAAUACCAACACCAAUAUACCAUCAAUACUACCAAGACCACUAUACCAACAACACUAUACCAACAAUACUACCAACAGCAAAAUAUCACUAGUCCAAUACCACUAAACCACCGGCACCAUUAACACCAAUAUACCACCUAUACUACCAACACCAAUAUACCACCUUUACUACCAACACCAAUACACCACCAAUACUACCAAAACCACUGUGCCGAUAAUCUACCAACACCAAUAUACCAGCUAUAUUACCAACACCCAUAUACCAUCAAUACUAUCAAUACCACCAUACCACCAAAACUAAAAGCACCACUAUACCACCAAUACUACCAACAUACUAUACCAACAAUACUACCACCAGCAAAAUAUCACCGGCCCAACACCACUAAACUACCAGCACCUUUAACACCAAUAUAACACCUCUGCUACCAACACCAACAUACCACCUUUACUACCAAUACCAAUACACCACCAAUACAAAACCACUGUGCCGAUAAUCUACCAACACCAAUAUACAAGCUAUACUACCAAAACCACUGUACCAAUAAUCUACCAACACCACUAUACCACCUAUAAUACCAACACCAAUAAACCAUCAAUACCGCCAACACCACUAUACCAACAACGCUAUACCAACAAUACUUCCAACAGCAAAAUAUCACCAGCCUAACACCACUUAACCCCAGCGCCACUAACACCAAUAUACCACCCAUACUACCAACACCAAUAUACCAGUUAUACUAUCAAAACCACUCUACCAAUAAUCUAUCAAUACCACUAUUCUACCUACACCAAUAUACAAUCAAUACUAGCAACAACAAUAUGCCAUCAAUACUACCAAUACCACAAUACCAUCAACGCUACUAACACCUCUGUACCAAUAAUCUACCUACACCACUAUGCCACAUAUACUACCUACACCACUAUGCCACCAGUAUUACCAGCACCACUAUACCACCGGCACUACCAACACCACUCUGCCACUGGCACUACCAACAUCACUAUGACACCUAUACUACCAAAACCACUGUACCAAUAAUCUAGCACUUUUAUUUCUGCCUCGCUUGCCACCAUUUCUUCUAUAACCACCACCACUCCUACCAUAAACACUACAACCACCACUACCAAUACCACCAUUUCUUCUGUCACCACCUUUACUGCUACCAUUAUCACUAUAACAACCAGUACCAAUACCACCUCCGCCACAACUGAUACUAUUACCAUAAACGCCUCGACCAACACUGUAUCCACAACGACAACGGCAGCCGCCACAACGACCUCCAUCAAAUUCGAAGGCACUACGUAAGACUAACAUUCGCAUCAUCACCACCUCCAGUACUACCACUACCAUCAGAAAUAGAGCUAAAAUACCAAAACCUUUACCACUACCAACACUAUCUCUGUUUCAAAGGGCUUACUCGACCCCAGUCGUUUUCAUGGCGUGGUUGAUCAACCAGCACCCGUGCCGCGCAGGGUGUGAAGAAGCUGGGCUAACCAGGGCAAGAAUACUCUUAGUUUAAUUUUUUUUUUCAUUAAUUGUUCCCUUUUAUUUUCGCAGCCAACAACUAUUCAGUGGCAGAAAGUAUUCUUUAUCAAUGCAGGAAUUUUCGUUCUCGGCUGGAUUACUUAUAUCUUUCUCGGAAGUGGAAAACCGCAACCAUGGAACACUCCAUUUGAGGACCUUGUGGUGCCGGUUGCUAUUCCCAGGGAACCCAAGAAACCAGUCAUGACGAAUAUUCUAACCAAGAGUGAGUCAGGAUUUCAGUAUUCACCCUUUCCUCACCAUGAGAGUGAGAUUUUCACCGACAACAAAUGAUAAAUUAUUUAAUAAAGGAAUAAGUUUCUAAAGAAACUGUGGUGCUGCAUUGGUGGGGGAGUUUAGCAAGAUAAGUUGAUUUUAUCAAUUAAGUUGAUGAUAUAAAUUUAUCACCGUAAAGAGUUUGUAAAGUUGAAGUUUCAAGUGUUAGCCGUUCGUCAUAGAGAAAGACCAAAUACAUCAUCAACUCAGUCGAUAAAACCAAAUUGUCUUGAUAAAUUCUUUGCUCCAAAUUGAGAUAACUAAAGUAAACAAAAGAGAGAUAAAGAAGGGAGGAUUGCAACAUAACUGAAGAACUGUUGUUUAUGUCUUUUUUUGCCGGACGGUCUAACCAGCCAACUUUUCCUAUCCGAGUUGGACAGAUGAGUCAAUUUUGCCAAGUAGCUGGCUGUAAAUACUGUAUGCUGUUGAGCAAUAUUUUUUAAUUGGACCUUUUGAAUCUAGCAAGUAUCUUAACUUGGGGAAUGACAAUGUUUAUGUUUAAGAUCCACAACAGAAAAGGUUAAUGAAGAUUCUGCAAGGGCAUCGUCUGCAUAAAUGUUCAAAUUUAUUUUUGUUUCGCCGUAGAGAAAGAGAAAUGUUCAUUUCCACCCUUUAGUCCUAAUUUGUUUAGUGAUCACACUGGACAAAAAUCAGUCAUCAAACCCUGA